AUUGGACGCGCACACGAAGCACAACCGUAGCACUUUGAGCCGAUUUGAGCCUCGGUCGGGACAUGAAUCUAGCCGCACUAACAACGACGGUUUGUUUGGUGGUGUUGGUGGUGGGCCUUUCGGAGGUUCAGGCUCAGGCUGGUAGCUGUGAAGGAAAAUGCGUUCCACUCAAUAAAUGCUCCCGAACCGGCACGGAAGAAGAUGACGAAAACUUCCCGGAGGUGGAUCUGCGGAUUGGCCAGGAGUCGUCGACCGUUAUGGGUCAGUGUGCGCACUAUCUCGACGUGUGCUGCCCACUAGAGGAUGUGCUUGAGGAACCAACUUCUACCCACAGGACGGAAGACGAAAAGUUCCUACCAUGUGGCCAACGGAAUGCCAACGGCGUCGGUUUUCGCAUUGGCGCUGGAAAGGUCGAAGAAUCGGAGUUUGGCGAAUUCCCCUGGACGCUGCUGGUGCUGGAGAUGCAACAGCUGUUCGAUUUCGAGGAUAAAGAGGUGUACGCUUGCGUGGCAUCACUUGUGGCGCCCAACGUCGCCCUUACGGUGGCCCAUUGUGUGGUCAAUCGAACAGCAAGCAACUUGGUGGUUCGUGCCGGCGAAUGGGACACUCGCACCGAGUCGGAAGUCCUUCCCUAUCAGGACGCCAAAGUAAAGGAGAUCCACCUGCACGAGCGAUAUAACAAACGGCACCAUUUCGAUGUGGCACUGCUCGUGCUAGAUAAACCCUUCCAGCCAGCCGAAAACGUGCAGAUCAUUUGUUUGCCACCGCCAGGUGUAAGGCCACCUACGGGCACGGAAUGCGUCACCGGUGGCUGGGGAAAGGAUCGGUUUGGAGAGGCCGGUGUUUACCAGCAGAUUCUGAAGCGCGUUGCUCUUCCGGUCGUCGAUUCCGACCAAUGUCAGCAAGCACUCCGGAAAACGCGGCUUGGACCAAGCUACAAGCUCCACAACACGUUCCUGUGCGCGGGUGGCAAAAAGGAUGCGGACGUAUGCGCUGGUGAUGGAGGAGCGGCACUCGUUUGUCUCAUACCCGGAUCGCAUACCGACUACUACCAGGCGGGUGUGGUCGCGUGGGGAAUCGGAUGUGGUGAUGAACACAUUCCUGGGGUGUAUGCGGAUGUUGCGACACUGCGGUCCUGGAUCGUGGACAAUCUCCGUGCGUUAAACGUUGAUCCGGUGUUCUACACGGCUGCACAGUAGAACAAGACUCCAGACCAGAGCCAUGUAACUUAUA